AUGAGGGGAGUGAAUAAUGUGUUCCAUGUCUCUAUGCUAUGGAAGUAUCUCCACGACCCUGAGCAUAAGAUUGAUCUGGAGUCUAUCACAGUGGAGCAGAAUCUGACUGUCGAGUUCCCACGCGACCCUGAGCAUAAGAUUGAUCUGGAGUCUAUCACAGUGAGCAUCUUGGACUCAUCUAAGCGAGUCACGAGGAGGAGGAGGACCAUCAAGUAUGUGAAGGUCCUUUGGUUGAAUCAGUCUGAGCGUGAAGCAACAUGGGAACUUGAGGAUCAAGUGCGAAAGAAGUACAUUGAGCUCUUUGAAGCUGAUUUGGAGCGGUAG